GGCAAAAUAAGUUUUAAGAACUUGUGCCCAUUCCCAUUGUAUAUAUAUUGCAAUAAAAUAUGCUCAAUUCAAUGUUUAGACCAGCUUCUCCAGAUUUGUACAAUAUGUGGACAGCAGUGUGACAUUAAGAAAACCAUAGUUGGAACUCUGUUGUUUGUGUCCAGGGUAUGUGUCUGUGGGGAGACUUUCAAAUGGGGAUCACAACCCUUCACUGGAUCAAUUCCUACUGGAAACUUGGUCUUGUCAGCAGCAAUUUUGAUUAGUGGCAGUAGCAUAAAUCAAAGUUUGACCAUGUUUCAACAUGCUAAUAUAUCCUGUUUCUCAGAGAGAACCUAUCACAACAUCCAACAGCAUUAUCUUGUACCAGCUGUUGAAAGGGUUUGGAAAGCACAUCAAGAUGCAAUAUUUGAUGUAAUAAGACAACAAAAUGUAGCUGUAGUUGUUGGGGGAGAUGCUAGAUGUUGUUCACCAGGACACACAGCUAAAUAUGGAUCAUAUAGUUUGAUGGAUCUGGAGCUGAGACAGAUACUUGAUGUUCAACUAGUUCAGAGCAAUGAAGUCAAAGGUUCAUAUUGGAUGGAAAUGGAGGGUUUGACGAGGUGCCUUAAGAGAGUGGAAGAGGAGGGAGUAGAUAUUAGUGACCUUGUUACUGACAGACAUCCCCAGAUUAAAGCUUACAUGAAAAAAGAAGAAGUGACAUCAAUGAAACAUAUGGAGAUAACGAACAGCAUUCAAGCUCAAAAGUCCAUCAUACAAUACAAAAUAGGAGCAGGGCAAACACGGACCUCCAAACAUCAGAGGCGGGAUCAGGUGCCGUGGAGGAGUGAGCAUCCCCUGCCGACCGGUCACACCCGCCGUGUGCUCCUUGUCAUGAUCGGGAAAUAACGGAAAAAUCCGUCGACAAUUCAGUGUGUAAAUAAUGGCCUUUGGUUUGAUGUGUGGCAUAUGGCCAAAGGGGUGUUUUAAAAAGAUGGAGGCUAUUGGGAAGAAAAAGAAGAACAAGCAAGUGGGUGAUUGGGCCCAGUCAGUUUCAAACCACCUAUACUGGUGUGCGGCAUCUAGGGAAGGAGAUGGUGAAUUGGUGUCUGAGAAAUGGCUGUCUAUCCUCAACCACAUCACUGAUGUUCGUGAGGGUCAUGGAAAGCGAUUCCCCAAGUGCUUACAUGGUGACAUGGAGGACAGAGAUUGGAUUAAGAAAGGGAGCCUAGCUUUCCAGGAGAUGGAAAAAGUUGUUAAGGGCAGACUGUUGGUGCAAGACAUUAAGAAACUCUCCCCUGCAGAGCAAACUUCAGCACUUGAAGCCUACCACAAUGUAGUGUGUCAUUUUGCAGCCAAAUCUUUGCAUUUCUUUUAUGCUACAAUGAAGGCCAGACUAUACAUUGCAGCCCUGCACUUCAAUGAAAACUCAAGCCGGGAUCAAGCUGUAAACAAAAGUGGAGAGCUAAUAUAUUCUGUAUCAUAUCCAAAAGGCAGAAAUGGAGCUGGCAUUCCAAAGGAAGUCAAAAUUAUACAAUGAUUUUGAUGCAAGAAGUGAUCAAAGUGAGACUGGAGUUUGGUUCGUACAGUGAGUCCAGAAAGAGCCGUGAGGCUGCCAUGGUGAACUGUCCUGCUCCAAUUGCAUCCUCGUACCAACAUGUCCCAAAAUCAGAACUUGUGGAGCGCCAUAUCUGUCGGUUUAAUAAAAAAUGUUAGUUUACCAUACAAUAAUGAACAAACAAAAUGAAUUGUGUUCAAACGUCAAUAACUUUCUAAGCUUGUA